CCCGGAUCACCAGCCCGGACAGCAGGAAUCACACUGACAGCUCUCCUCCGCCAACAUCCUCCGCUGCCACUGGCCUGUCCCGGUCGGUGUAACUGCUGACGCCCCGCCCACGUUGUUUGGGCUGCUCUGGACGUCGCCCAGCAGCGCGAUACGAACGAGCGCUCAGUUGCCGAGCGGGCGACCGUUGGUUCCGCAGAUAAGCCAGCAACACUUCUUCCACUUCGCCUUUCCGCCUGUCCAGGCACGUGUGAGCGACAGAACGGGCAUAGAAAGCCAGCAUCGACGGCGCUGCAGGUCAACGCUCACAGCAAUCAAAAGCCCUCCCGGCUCCUACGUGAUACCAGCCGGCUGUCGAGCGGGUCCGCGCAGCCAUUCCACCUGGCGCUUGUGUAACAACCACAUGCUGUAGCCCACGAUAUUUCCUGGCGACACCGCUCCAUGAGGUAGCCGUCUGCGUGCCGGACCAGCACUAGCACCAACACUCGACCCCAUCUACCCACCGCCCUGUGCAAUUCUUGCACGUCCACUCCUUCGACCACGCGUGCAGCGUUCCUCACUCCAUGGCUCCCGCCGCCAAAUCGCACAAGGACGCCUCGAGCAAAGGCUCUCCCAAUGGCGACACCUCCGCCCCGCUCGCCGACUACUUCUUUAUUGCGGGCAUCGAGUCGGCGCAAGUGUUUGACGAGAAGUUCGCUGCGGUAGCUCCCGCUGCCCCGGUAGAAGAAACGAUCGAUGAGGAUCUCGAGCUCGCCAUCGAACAUGCCUCAGGACGACCGACGACGCCAGGGUCACCCAAUGACACGCAGAGACGCUCGCGAUACAGCUUUGAAGCGAGAAAGAGCGUGGGCAGCAUCAUCAAUGUGACUGAGGAACGAUUACCGGCCAGCAAUCGCAGUAGCACGACGAUCAAGGCAGGCACCAUAGGAGGGUCGGGAUUGAGCGACGACGCUUUCGAAGAGGCGCUUAAGAAGUUCGCUUCGGAGCGAGACAGCUUCCUUGAGGAUAUCCACGUUGCAGCAGGUGCCGUGAUUAGGGAUCCUCCGGCGAGAGCAAAGGUCCAACGACCGAAGACGGUGCGCAUUACACAAGAUGAAACUCCUCACACAAGUCUUAAGAGUGGCGUGGGAAGUCUGAGAAGGCGAUUGUCAACGAUGAACAGCAUGAAGCGGGCGUCAUCUGUGAUGAGCAAAAACUCGGCGAGGCAGUCCAAAAGACUGAGCGGGUAUAACUCAGUAAUACCUACACCGCAGCCAUUUCAAACGCCCGCAGACAUGCACCCACUCAAGCGAAGAUACGAGCCGGUGCUCCUCGAUCGCUAUCCCACGAAGACCAUGUUCGACGAAUCAAAACGACGCACGCCCUUCCCAGACUAUGUACCAAUGUUUGUGUUCCCGAACGAUGUCACAGUGGUUUCCUCAGAUGAGAGGCCCAGAUCCACAUGGCAUGGUUUCACAAUGACAAACUCGGACAACAGCAAGCUUCAUGGCAUCUGCGUGACUAUGUGGGUGCCACUCAGCGACUCAGCUUCUGAGGGACUCGAGAAGGAGUGUGAUGAGUGGAGAAAAGCAAAUAUGAGUGAAGAAGAGCGCGAGUUGGCAGCAAGUCUUGGAGAACGUCUGUCUUCCGAGAGAGCCAAGCUCAGUCGGCUUUUAUCAGAUCUUCCAAAUUACGAGUUGGGCUCAGCGGAGCGGGAGAAACUCGAAGAGGACAUUAGUGCUGUGGAAGAAAAGAUUGGCCUUAUGACUGACCUUUUGAGGCCUGUACGACACGGAGCUGCUUCGAAAAUCGAUGGCCUCACAGAGGGCGACACUGGAUUCUGGAUCCCUCGCGCUUAUGGCGUUCUUGGACGGGAUGGGGGUCUAACGAGCUUUUGGAAGGAAUGGCUCAAGGCAGUUAUCGUGCCGAUGACGAACGGCGCCAUUCUGCGCGUUCCGCCCAGUUCUCCGAAGGUUGGCUUGUGGCAGCCACUCGAGCGCUAUGUUUGCAAUCUAUGCAUUGAAGCUCUGAGUCCCAUCACAUCCAUUACCCAGGUUGAAGUUGCCGUCAGAGACCUGCGGCUUUACGCGAGGAAGGAAGCGAUCAACGAACUUCCUGGGUCACGAAACACCGACCUCUACGCGCUCUUCCGCUGCCUAUCCAUCCCGAACAUCAUCGCUCUUUUCGAGUAUGCACUUGCAGAAUCUAGGAUCAUUCUGCUUUCGUCGCAUACAGCGAUGCUGCAACUGGCAUGCUCAGCGCUGCAAAGUCUGCUCUAUCCCCUCAAGUGGACCGGAGUGCUUAUUCCUGUGCUCCCGUACAGGUUGAUCCAGGCUCUUGAAGCACCAUGUCCUUAUAUUGCUGGCGUGGAAAAGCGGUAUGAGAAGCUUGAGAUUCCGGAUGAUGACUACUGCCUGGUGGAUCUUGACGAGAAUACCAUCACUAGCACUGAUUAUCAGACUCAACUUCCACGACCACAGAGACGGAAACUUCAAGCAUUGCUACAGGCCGCAGCUCCACAUCACACCCGCUUUGGUGUACCGAUCGGCCCUCCAGCAUAUGCAAUCGAGACGUUCCCUCACGAUUCCUUUUCUUCCGAGAACCCGCAAGUCUUCAAUUCGAGACCGACUCCUUCCACAUUGGCAAACUACGUCAGCGAGAGCUCGACGACAUUCGGCGAUGCAUCAAGCUUGGACUCCACCUCAAGGGCAACAGUAUGCAAUGCCUUCCUCGUGCAGAGGCCUGGCUCAGGACCUGGUAGUGACCGGCCUUCAACCAGCUCCACGGGUGCUAAGAGCAAUUCUUCUGGAGCCUCGCCACCCUCGCCCACUACAGCACCAUCGCCUGUGUCGAUGAACUUUCCGAGCACACCAGUCUCGAGAAACGACAGCGGCUUUGCCCUGCAGGCUUCGCUACGCGAGAAGCGCUCAGGUCACUUUGCCGAUAGUACGGGCAGGCGGAACUCUACGUUUGGCAUGGAUCGCAUGAACACAGUCCGCAGACCUAGCGCACCAAUCCUUGGUCAUGGACCAGCCCCACAAGUUCUUGGUCACCAAUCAAGUAUGUCCACAUCCACCCUUGGAGGGGGUCUAUCGGGCUCGAGCUACGCGCCGAGUGUGUAUGCGCAGAGCACGCUGGCGGCAAGCACCAUCAUGCAACCGACAAUGACACAGACCGUCCGAGACACCGACAUGACCAAGUGGGUAGAAGGUCACUGCCUGCAACGGAGACAGGCCGACCGACGGACCCUUUGUACGAUUUGCGACGAGAGGUGCGAUGAUGAACUGUUCAGGUGCAAUGGCUGUGGGAUUACGAUCCACGCUCGCUGUGCACCAUCAGUCUGCGUUGUAUGCCCUGUGGCGUUCCGUGCAGAUCAAGUUCGUGCAGCGUUCGUGAGGUGCUUCGCGUCACUGCUCUACACUUAUCGACGCUACCUGCACCCUGCCUCUGGCGAGCGAAAAAAGCAAGGACUCAUCUACCACUUCAACAUGGACCAAUUCUUGAAGAGUGUACCACAUGGCGACAGCGAAUAUAUGAACAUGCUGCGACAGACGCAAGCAUUCAAUGAGUUCAUCCACGAGCGAGAGGCGACGCGCGCUGAAGAUCCGAGCAUCAAGCUUUUCGACGAGAUCAUUCUCUCCAAGCGCAAUCGUGGGCACCGGAGCUUCUUCUCGAAAUCCAGCACGAGUUUCCUCAGCGACACCUCGGACCAUUUGUGGCGCUCAGCAUCAGCGGCACCACCAACAGGCAGAUUCCCGGGAGAUUUCAAGACAGUCACUGGGCGAACACCAGGCAAACUGGACCCGACAUUGAUGAAAGAGCCCCGCAGUAUUCAAGGGGCUCCGAGGUUACAACAGGCGAAGACGAAGCGAAAACCAGUCUCCAGCAUGCUUGGGCUGAGCUCGCUCACUGCAGAACAACAACAGCCGUAGGGUGGCGUGAUUGCAGAACAAGAGAGAGCUCAGCAGCAGCAGCAAGAAAAGAAGCAGCAGAGCAUGAAACCCAAGACCUUCAUGAACACCAUUACCGAGUAACGACACCCCCCCAGUGCCGCAGCAGUUUUUAUUUGUUGUCGAAUUUGCAUCAACACUGCAACGGCGGCUGCACAUCAACGAGCUUUGUCACUAUUUUGGAGAAACUGUAUAGUAUACGUGCUUUUGCUUUAUUGUUAUGAGCGAUGGCGUUGAUGGAGUAAACUUAUGCAUUACAAAGCAACGAAGGUUACUUGUAAAGAAGAAACAAGUCUUGCAGGAAGACGCGGGAGGAGAGGAGAUUAUUCCCAGAUGCAUCAUUUCCAGUUUUGCACUCUAUCUGCAUUGCAUCGAACCUACGCGGGGAGGAAGAAACGGGGACAUAUUCAUCGGGAUCUGCCACAUAGAGGAGAGGCAUGGAUGGAUGGAUGGAUGGGUAGAGAGGAGGUUAGAGGCAGGCAGUAUGCGUGCUCUUUGGGAAUGUAUAACAAUAGGAGAGAGAAAGAGUGAAUGAGCGCUUCGAAGAGUUUUUGUCCACCUGAAGUG